CACCAUCAUUCAUAACUCUUUCACUUUUUCCUUUGCCAUUCUCCUCACUACCUCACCGGGUUUUGUUAUUUUCCCCACUCGCACCUUAGAGACCAACUCGGCGUUGCCGACUCACCACUUCCAACUAUAAAACCCUAACUCGGAUCCUCAAACUCGAUCAAUUUCAUACACCAUGGCUUCUGAUGCUGAUAUGGAGGACUAUGGAUUUGAGUAUUCUGACGAGGAACAAGAGGAACAAGAUGUUGAUAUCGAGAAUCAAUAUUACAAUUCAAAAGGUUUGGUUGAAACUGAUCCAGAAGGCGCACUUUCUGGUUUUUCUGAGGUAGUUGGCAUGGAACAAGACAAAGCAGAAUGGGGAUUUAAAGCUCUGAAGCAAACUGUCAAGCUUUAUUAUAGACUUGGAAGAUAUAAAGAGAUGAUGGAAGCCUACAGGGAGAUGUUGACAUAUAUCAAAUCAGCAGUGACCCGUAACUAUAGUGAAAAAUGCAUAAACAGCAUUAUGGACUAUGUGUCUGGUUCGGCUAGCCAGAAUUUUGGCCUUCUGCAGGAGUUCUACCAAACAACUCUUCGAGCUCUUGAAGAAGCAAAGAAUGAGAGAUUGUGGUUUAAGACAAAUUUGAAGCUGUGUAAGAUUUUCUUUGACAUUGGGGAAUAUGGACGGAUGAGUAAGAUCCUUAAGGAACUUCACAAAUCUUGUCAAAGAGAGGAUGGUACAGAUGACCAUAAGAAAGGAACUCAACUUUUGGAGGUUUAUGCAAUUGAAAUUCAAAUGUACACAGAGACCAAGAACAACAAAAAACUCAAGCAACUUUACCAGAAAGCACUUACUAUUAAGUCAGCAAUUCCCCAUCCAAGGAUAAUGGGGAUAAUCCACGAAUGUGGGGGUAAAAUGCAUAUGGCAGAGCGCCAGUGGGCCGAAGCAGCUACGGAUUUCUUUGAAGCUUUCAAGAAUUAUGAUGAAGCUGGGAAUCAGAGGCGUAUCCAAUGCUUGAAGUACCUCGUUCUUGCCAACAUGUUGAUGGAGUCUGAAGUAAAUCCAUUUGAUGGGCAGGAAGCUAAGCCAUACAAGAAUGACCCUGAGAUAUUGGCAAUGACAAAUCUCAUAGCAGCCUAUCAACGGAAUGAAAUAUUGGAAUUUGAGAAAAUUCUGAAGAGUAACAGACGAACCAUCAUGGAUGAUCCAUUUAUCAGAAAUUACAUUGAGGAUUUGCUAAAGAAUAUCAGAACACAGGUCCUGCUGAAACUCAUCAAACCAUAUACAAGAAUCAGGAUCCCAUUUAUAUCUAAGGAACUUAAUGUACCUGAGCAUGAUGUUGAGCAGCUACUGGUGUCACUUAUUUUGGAUAACAGAAUUCAAGGACACAUUGAUCAAGUGAACCGGCUUUUGGAACGCUCUGAUAAGUCGAAAGGAAUGAAGAAGUAUACAGCUGUGGACAAAUGGAAUACACAACUUAAAUCUCUUUAUCAAACUAUCAACAACCGAGUUGGUUAAAUCAUAGUGCGGAUGAUCUGUUUUGUUGCCCUGGCUUGCAGUUUUGUCAUGUGAAUUAUUAUAACCUAGGCUGUAUGGAGGAAUUAAGGGUGUAUUACUCUGGUGGAACAAAGUGAAAAUUGAAAACCCAACUUGUGAUUCUUGUUUUACUUCAUGAAAAUAUAAUCAUUUGAAAUUGAUGACUGAUCAUAGUUAUCAUUCAUUCCUUCUGA